CAUGCGCACCUGCGCAGUUGCCGAGAGACUGGAACGCAAGGGAGCAAGACUUUGGUGGGUGGAAGAGGCACGCGGAGGCUGGCAAGAGGGCUGCAAGUGGAGUAUUAAUACCAAUCAUGGGUGAUGAAGAAGAUGACUACAUGUCUGAUUCCUUUAUUAAUGUUAACCAGGACAUCAGACCAGGCAUGCCAAUGCUGAGGCGUACAAAGGAAGUGUUUAAGAAAGAAGAAAAACAAAAGGAAGCUAACGAGAGAAGUAGGCAAAAGAGUAUAAAAGAGCAGGAGAAAGAACAACGUGAUACUGUUUUAAACAUUGCUUUGGGAAACGAGAAUAAAGGCUUUGCUAUGCUUCAGAAGAUGGGUUAUAAAAGUGGUCAACCUCUCGGCAAAAGUGGAAAGGGGAUUGUCGAGCCUAUUCCUCUGAACAUUACCACAGGCAGAAGUGGGCUUGGCCAUGAAGAAGUGAAGAAACGGAAAGCUGAAGAAAACCUGGAAAACUACAGGAGAAAAAUGCAUAUGAGGAAACAAGCGGAGGCGCAGACAGCUGACCUCUUCAAGUUGAGAUUGAAGACCAAACAGGAGCAACUUCAAGUAAAACGAGACCUUGUGAAAAGUCAGAAAGCCUGUCAACAACUAGAUAUGCAGAAAGGCCUUGAAUCCCCCAAAGAGAUGUGGUUCUGGUUAAGGCCAGAGGAGGAAAAGGAAGAUGACGUGGAUGCAGAGGACGAAGAGGAGGAAGAAAAAGAGGAAGAUGAAUUCGACGAAUCAGAAAAGUUAAUAAUGUUGACAGCGUAUCUAAGGGAAGAACACCUCUACUGCAUUUGGUGUGGAACAACCUAUGAUGAUAAAGAAGAUUUAUCCUCAAACUGUCCUGGAGACACUUUCGCAGACCAUGAAUAACUUUCCUAAAGUAAGAAUAGUAAAUGCUGCAUGAUCGAUCCAGCAUAAAGAUAU